AUGACUACUGCGCCGUGCUCCUGGUACUCCUGGGAAGCGGCGCGACCUACAGUAAAGGUAUGGCUGCGAGAGACUUGCGGCAACGAUCUGUGUGUGCUGGAGGAAUAUGAGGUUUGUGAGCGUGUCAGCGAGAUGGCGUCUGUGCGAGCUGCCAUUCGACCCAGCGAGGUACUUGUUGCCUUCAUGAAGGCGUUCUUCGUCUACUUGAAUCAGAUCUCUUCUGGCGUAGCGUUUCUUCGGGCAAGCCGUAGCUGGCCUGAAGGGAUCGUGCUAAAGGUGAUGGAUUUCAAUUUUGACGUCCCAACAAACAGGUUGCUGCGAGCUUUGCUGGUCAAGCAGCAAUGUGCGAAUAUCUCUGCUCACAGGGAGACUGAGGUCAGAAGUCCAGCAAUCUUUGAGGAGGCCCUGCCAAGAAAGCUGGACAAAAAGCGUCAGAAGAAGCAGAUCAAACUGCGGAUGCAGGCCCUCAGACGUCGUGGCAUCUUUUGCAGCCACGGAAUGAGAGACAUGUUUCCCUGA